AUGCCAGAAUACAACCCCUACGCGUCAUACAUCCCCUCUCCGACGAUGCAGCAGUCCCAAUCCACAGCUGGCGAUGGCCAUAAGGUGGUCCGUGCGCAUGCACCAGAACCAUACGGCUCAGCCGCGAGCAUGAACUCAGGCUUUGGAGUGUCGAUGGGGUCUCCAGCCGCAUCGUACGCUCGUCUCGUCUCGCCGAUGUACACCGCAAGUCGUCCGUCCUCGUUAGGCAAUCCCUUAUCUCUCCACCCACAUUCCUGCAUACCACUGCCACCACUAUCCCGCUACGGCACCUCAAUCAACCCAUUGCUUGAACGAGGGACGACCCCACCAAUCAAAUACGACAUCCGCUCGCCGCCGUCGUUCGCGACAAGCCGUCGUCACGUCGUCGACGACGACCGAUGGCGGCAUGAGAGGGCAUCAAACCCAAAUCUAGGGUCUCUAACCAUCCGCAUGGCGCUCGUCAGCAAGCCCAUCGUUGUGUUCCCAUCGAGGAUCGACGAUGGGGUCGUCAUUGUGCAAGAUGUGCUUCUAGCCGUGCAUCACGCGCUGCGAGCUAGUGCUUUGGACGAUCAGCAUCGUCGACGACGACAUCGACAAACAGAGUUGUGGAAGCAGGGCGCUCCUAGGUUGUAUCAUCCUUCUGAAGACUACCAGGCCAUCGACGUGGCUGUUGGAUGCUAUGGAUGGGCUGGAUUGACGCAGAGCCCGACGGAGAGCGAUGUUUGGAUCUUGAUGACGACUGCGUGUCCGCAGCCGUCCGCCGUCUCGCAAUCUCGAAGAAAUCUCGGAUGUCCUGCUUUCUCAGUUUAUUUUCGACAACCCAAAACUCAGCUCUCGCGUAAGCAUGAUCAGCUCGUAGGGCAAAAACUUGUGGACGCCACGCCACAAUGGCCGCAGAGAGAAAAAACGUCACUACCCACACUUAUGGGCGUCUGUGAUCCGAGUCUAACGUCUUUCAUCCUGCUGGACAUACUACAGCUUUCGCGACUCUAA